UAUUUAUGUACACAGUGUGGGAGGUUUUCAGAAAAUACCAGAAGUUAACUCUCAUCUCUCUGGAAACGCUGAGAAACAGAGGGAUAACCAUGGAUGAAGAAGCAUGGGUGCAAAGUGAUGUCCUUUCACGCUGGCAAGUCCCCAAAGAUGCAGCACAAAUUACUCCUAGAACUAAACCACAGACCACCACGUACUCCACUGCUCCUCUACCAGGCAGUGUCAUUGAUUAUUCAGAGGACGUCCAGGAACAUCCAUCAUGUGUGAUUGAAAGCGUGGUGGAAGACACCCCUGAGGAGGAUGGAGCGGGAAACUCAUGGUUGCACAAGCUUGGAAUGAAUAUAAACAAGUGGUCAUUUCUGAAUUCCCUGAUUGGAUGGAGUGAAGACAGAACUCAAGAAAAAGAUCAGUUUACCACAUCUGGAGUUUGUUCUGCUGCUGGUCACAAAGCAACUGAGUUGGAGGAAUGUACAACCAAAGAAGUGCCAUACAUUCCAUACAGCUUAGCCACGCUGCAUAUCAUCAAGAUUGUAAAAGACAUGCAGCAAAUGAAAAACCGACACAUGAAGAUAAUCAGAAAACUAGAUGAUAUAAGGAAAGAAAAGCAGGAGGAGACUAUAACUACUAUAAAGAAAAAUUACAGUGAGAAAAUAAGGUGUCUGAAAUCCCAGUUAGAAACUUACCAAGAGCUGAUGAACCAGAGCAGCACACGCUGGCAAGAUACAGUUAAGGUAAACAAGUAUUUCUGUUUCACAUGGGGAUAAGCCCAGCAGGUAUCUACAGGGGUUGCAGGAACAGGCCUUAUAAUUAAUGCUCUCUUCUUAUGGUCAGACAGUUAAAUGAAGACAUGCAGUUUGUAAAACUGUAAAAUUUUAUUUUAAAAUAAGCUAUGGUUUUCUCAUUCUGGAGAUGAAAAAAGCUUUGCACA